GAUAGUGAAGAUUGCAACGUUGGAUAUCACCAUGAAGAUGCAUUCCGGAUAUAUCUACACGCCACCACCCUCUGUUUCUCAGAACAUCAAGUUUUUCCAGUUUCUGAGUCAACAGCAGAGUCGGCAUGGGAUUAAUCAAGGUCCUAGGAUUCCACCAGCGAGGAUACCUCAGUUUCCCAAAUCAGGAGGUCAUCACCAUAGUAACGACCCUCCUGCCCCACCCAUUCCUAGCAGGGUACAGCCUCAACCAAUCACGCCAGAGGAAGAACAGGAAUAUGCAUUUCCAGAUGCAGAAGUACAAGACUAUGCUGAUGAAUCCGGAGAUGAAAAUUAUUUGGAACCAGAUCUAGAAGUCAAACAGCCAGCUCGAAAAGUUCAGCCGAAUAUUCAAAACAGACGUCUUCCAACCGUUCCUCAAGGGGGAGCGCCUCAAGUACACGUACCCCCAAGACCAGAGAAGCCAAAUCCUCCGACGGCCUCUGCGGACGCUCCUCCCGCGAUACCUUCCAGACCCCACUCCAACAAAAGGAUACCAAACCUUGAAAACAGCUCACUUAUUUCCAAGGCCAUGCCUGUAUUUCCAAAUGGUACAGAGAGCACAAGACUAGACCCUCCCAGGUCGCCUCCUCGUACGACGCGGAUCCCGACAAUGCCAUCUCCGAUCAAUGACAAUGAGAACGAAAACAGCAAUGCUUCAUCUGACAUUUCCUCGCGUGUCCUGAACAUGAAAAACCGAUUUGAAGUCGAUAAUAACAACACUGACAGUUCAAGGAGACCGGCUCCUCCAUCAAAAUUCACACGCUCUGUCCCUAAACAGUUUCCACCCCAACCUCAACCGCCCUCACCAACGCACACCCCUUCCCCCGUUGUCCAGAGACCAGUCACAACAGGGGAUAAUUCUCUCCAGAGGAAACCCGGAAUCCCAUCAUCUACAUCAUCUAUGUCUUCCAUGAGCAGUAGCAGUUCCAGCGGUAGUGACAGUGGUAGUGUUCCAAAUGUUCCAACAGCUAGGAAACGCAGCAACAACAACAUGGUGGAACCUCCGUCCUGGCAGUCAGAAAUGCCCCCACUUCCGCCUUCAAACAGAAGACCAUCGCAGCCCCAACUUCCAACACCGAACCAGUCCGCUGUACUCCAGAUCAAUGAACGCCUUGCACCUUCUCAACCACCGAAACUCACACCGAGUGCAUCCAGAGCACCUCCAAGUCCUAUCAGGCAACCUGUACCACCAACACCUCCACAGAAGGUAAAUGAAUUAGAAGGACAACCUUGGUACCACAGUAACAUUGGAAGACAGGAGUCUGAAAAAAUACUUCACCAAUGUAGAAAGGAUGGAUCAUUCAUUGUGAGGAACAGUGCCCGUGGCGACCCAGCUAACCCCCAUUCUUUGGCUCUAUGGUUCAACGGGCGCGUCAGAAACCUUCAGAUCAGAUUGAGGAAAGAUCAGAGAUAUGCCUUAGGAUCCAAGAAGGAAAAUGAAUUGGCAUUCGAGACACCAGUUCAACUCAUCGAGCACCACAUGGCCAACUCACUGAUACUUGCACAAGACGAAGGUAAAACCAUUCUGAAAGUAGUAGCCCCUGUCUUCCGAUGACCUUUGACCUUCCAAUGAAAUUUGACGGAAUAAUUCAAACCAGAAUCCAUCAUGUUUAUGUUGAACGGAGCUUGGAAAUUAGAUGUGUUUCCCCACCUACCACAAAUAUUGCACUGUGAUUGGUCGAGAUGAGGUCACAUGAUGGCACGUGAAAAUAUUUUGAUUGAAAGAACCACCAAAUAUGUACUUGUUGAUUAUUCUGAUGCUUAGUGACAGUUCGGUUCGGCAUAUAACUAUUGAGGAGCUAGUGGUUUUGGUCAAGAUCAAGUAAUAGAAAUUUGUGGUCAUAUGCAAUGUCUGAAUAAGACCAUAAGAUAAAGAAAUAAAAGGGAGAGCAAGAAAAAUUCGAAUGAUGAAAGAGAAUGAAUUAAGACCUCAUGAAUUUAUCAAGGGGAGCAUGCCAUCAACAUUUUUGUCCGACAGAUUUGGCCACUUUCUUCAAUUUUGAUUUGAAGAGAAGCACAGUUCCUAUGGCAACUGUUGGAUAGAAUAUCUAACAAGUCUUAUUUCAUGAAAAGCUCUCAGGAAUUCAACCAGUUUUAUUCCAAACCUAUCUAUAAUCAUUGAAGGGAUCCAGAAUCUUUACAAAAAUGACAAGAACAUUGAUCACAUGAUACAGUCUAAUGGUCAGCUGACAUCAUAUUGCACAGGUCACAUGACAAGCAAGAUGUAAUUGUAAAGUUCCAACUUCAUACAGUAUCAGAUGACAUUUGAAAUCAGUAUGAAAUGAUCAGAUUUUUCAUGAAGAUAUUUGAAAGCAAAAUGUAUUUUUUAUAAUAGCUUGGUAAACCAUGUUUUGUAUCAUUGAUGAUCAUGAUAAGUAAUUGAUGUUUUAGCAAGCGAAAACCAGUUUAUAUCUGACACGUUGGAAUGCUAGCUUAGUUGGUUGGGUGCCUACCUCAUUAAAUCAUAAUGAAAAACCAUAAAGGUAUUGGGAUGGUAUUCCAAAUGGAGUCAUAUCAAUGUCUUGAAAAACAGGACCUACCGUCUUUUAGUCAGGCACUCGUCAUAUGAUAUUAGAGACUGGUAGCCAACAGCUUAAAAACCUGUACCAUGUAAUUCAGUUCAAUCAAGGAAUAAAGUACAAUACAAUCAAACCUACUCUAGCAUCCACCUGUAAAGAAGGACCACCUGUCAUGUUUCAUUUCAUUUAUAUUAUCUACCUAUUUAACUCUGUAAGUUUGUGGUGUAUGACAUUUUGUUUUCUUAACUACAUGCAAAGGAGCAGUUCUGAUUGGUCAAAACUGCAGGCACCGACUACUUUAAUUCAAUGAAAGAAACAAACAAAAUGACUGGGUAUUGCUUUAUCUCUAUUUACAACACAGGGAUGUAAUGGACAUAAGCAUGUAAAGUAAACAAUAUAACAUUUUCAAAACCUCUUGAUUUGUUUUAAUUUUCUUUUCACAUUCUGAAAAUGUUUUGUAAUUACUGGGAAUUCAACUUAUCAUGGUCAUCAUCAUGUCAUCAUCGGAUAAAACACAUUGGAUAGGACUGCAGAUUAUUGCUUGAUUUUCAGAGAAAACAUGCGGGAAGCUAGAUAACAUGUGACUGCACUCAACCAAUCACAAGAUAAGAAUCUAUGAGUUAUAUAAUAUAAAAUAUACAGUUUGAUUAACAUUAUAUCUUUCAUGACAAUUUACAUAUAGAGAGAGAAAACCAAUGUUCACUUUGAAAUUUCAUGUAUACUCUGUAUUAUUUAUAGGUUUAUAUUUUUCAUUUACAGAAUAUCUUUUGAGCAAAUUGCCAUGUAUAACAUUUAAAAAGAAAUAAUUUAGCUGUACUAUUUUCCUCAUAGUUUUGUAGUGUGUCUGUGUGAGGGUGUGUUUAUGUGUUAGAUAUAUUAUUACGAUGUUGAUAUUUAGGGUCAUUUUGCAUAGAUAUUUAAUUAGUAUAUUAACACACAGGCAUUCUUGAUAAUUAUUGCAAAUGCACUUUAAAAGUCAAAAAUAUUGUGAAAUAAAAUUAUUCCUUAUUAACAGAGCUUUUUUAAUAAAGGGAAGGUCAUUUUUAGUUGUUCAGAUGUUACCAUGCUUGUUGAAAGUAGUUAGCCUCCAUGAAAUACUCAAAUUCUGAAUAUGUAAUGUGUGUGUGCCACAGGGUUAGAUUUUAUGUUUUGUACAUUAAUGAUUUUCAACAAAUUUUAACUAUUUUUAUAUCAUUUGCUGUUGACACUUUUCUCACAGAUAUCUAGAUAUCCCAAUGCAAGAAAAGUUGAAAUUGAAUGUAUUUCAUAUUUGAUUCUCUAUGUUUUUACCAUUUGAAGUAAAUUGGUAGAUAAGAUUUGGGACCCCUCUUGAUAAUCCAACGAUACAUUGGUCUAAUUUUAUGAAUUUCAAACCAGUUAUUUAAUGAAAUCAUUUACUUUUAUACAUGUUUUAAUCAAUUUGGGGCUUGCUUCAUUUAUACUUACAAUUAUUUUCACUUUCCCAUUAUUGUAACUACCAUGGUAACCUUAAUUGUGAUUGGCUGCUGAGCCCUGUUACCAUGGUAGUUGUCAUAAUGGAAAAGUUACCAUAAUUGUAAAAGUCUUUAAAAAGAGCCCUAGGUCCUUGAUUUUAAUUGAAAGUUAUUUGAUGUUAUGGAUUAAGGGGAUUUCCCCAGUUCAAGCAUUUUGAUUUCAUAUGUGUAAUUUACAGCUUUUAAUCCUUGUUUAUAUAGACCUUUUCUUGAAUAUAUCAUGUAUUUUUUAAAGUGAGUAAAAUUUCUAUGCUUAUCUGCUUUCAGCUAUCUACUUGUUGUGCUUUCAUUUUCAUAAUGAUCAUCUUUAUUUAUAUCUUUUUUGUCAAUGCUAUAUAUAAGUGUUGUAUGUGUAGUAAAUUUUUAUUUAAUUUAUACAAUUGAUAGUUGUGGUUUAGUUUUUGUCUACCAUUAUACCAUAGUUGCUUUCUUGUUGAUUGGGGUAAGAAGAGUGGCAUUUGAUAAUUUAUUUAAAUAAUUGAAAUUUUGUUGUAGUACAGAUUCUAGAAUCUGUUGAGAAAUAAUGUAAGAACACUUUUGUGGAAAUGAAAGACAUGUUUAAUGCAACUAGAUACUUUAAUGAAAGUAGUUCCCUGGUGAAAUCACAAACGCAACUCUAUUUGUUUCUUGCACGAAGUAGAUGAGUAAAAAAAAAAACAGUACAUUUCCAUGAUAGAAUAGUGGUAUCGAUAUUGGGACAUUUUAAGUCUCUCCAAGGCUUUGGUAAAGGUUCAAUAUUAUGAAUUGAUCAAAUAUUUGAAAGGAAUAUAUUAUAAAAAGAUUGUAUCCUUACAUUGUUUAUUUUGUAUCUUAGACAUUUUUUAUUUGUGUAUUUUUGACUUAAGGAAAAUAUGAACAUUUACUAACAAAACUGUUUGGCAUAUGCCAUUUUAUUCAACACAUUGACUGCUGUAACCAGGCUUUAAAUAUUUCAAUCAAGUAGUACAUCAUGGUUAAGUAGCACUGCUAUGUAGGAUAGAUGUGCACGUAUUUGGUAACGCAUGGGCACAAUUGAAUAAAUUUGGUAUUAUAAUAAUUUAAUAUGUAACAUUUUAUAGCGCUUAACACAAAUGUUUCUAAGUGCUGCAUACUAUCAUAUAGUAUGCAGCACUUAGAAACAUUUGUAUCCAUCCUACGAGCUUAAUACAAAUGUUGCAUAUUAUUAUUAUUAUAAGAGUGAUGAGUUGUUAUUGAGCAUAAAGUUUUUGAUAUUUGGAUCCAGACUCAUAUAUUCAAUAAGGUAAGUAUAGAAGAUGAGAAGUUUGGUAUUAUUUUUAGACCAUUUCUGAUAAAUAAAUAUUCAAAUUAAAACCUCUUUUCAUAUUAAGGAAAGUGUUGUUUUAAUGCUUUAGUCCUUAACUAAAACCAAGUAGUCAGUGUACAAAGAUAAUAACUACAUAAUAACUAGUCAAAAAGUACAGGAAGGGAUAGUGGUAUUUACACUAUUUCGAAUAAAAAAUAUAUAUGUAAUCUGAUUUGGGCGUGAUGACUCAUGAAAAUAAGUUUGGGUGAUACAUGUACUUACAAAAUACUUUAGAAAUGAAUUGAAAUAAUGAAUAUGUAUAUCUCACCUUUAAAUGAUAGCGAUUACCUUGAAUUAUGGAUACUUAAAAGCUGUUUUUUAUUUUAAGAUUGGAGAAUGAUACAUAUUAUGUUAUGGAAAGAGUGAGGCAGUGUUAUGCUUACUGUGGGAGAGUGACUAGGAUUUGAUGUCUGACUUACCCUAGCUUAACCUGCAGAAUUUAUGUUUUCUUUUGUUUUUGUAUGAUAGUCUGAUGUGGUGUGAGGUGUAAGGUGUCUUGUAUUACUUGUGUCAUGUUAUCAUUUUUCUAUCUAUAUAUUGACUUCAUUGAUAUCAUUGCAGUCAACAUGUAGAGGAAAAAUUAGAAGCGCAUGAUUUUCAUUAAA